ACACUUCCCCCAAUCCCCACCGGCUCACCCACGCGUGCAGACUGCCAAUCGAGACUCGAGAAGAUACAGUGGGCGCGGCCAGUUGCUCUGCGUCGCCUGGCAAGGAAGGACUAGCAAAGAAAGGCGAGAAGUGUGAAUACUUACUACUACACGCUGCUCACCAUCAACGCGCAGGAUAUUAAGAAUAGAAAGACUGUCGGUCGGUCCAGCUGAGAAAAUGGCUUCUGUUGCUGUAAUAGCAUUGAACUGGACGUCUGUGAUUCUGCGCUACCUGCCAGAAAUUGUGAAGAUUGGCCAGGAGCUGUACUCCCUGUAUUGCAGUAUGAGGGGCACACAGCAGGACAAGAACACUGUGUUGAAGUCCAUGAAGCUCCUCAACAAGUAUCAGGAUGACAUUGAUAGGCUGCUCCAGAACCCAGAAGAGAAGAAGGAUCUGAUGAAUGGACUGACAGUUCUCAUGAGAAGAAUCAAUGAAAACAACGGCAAUGGUAACAGCAGCGCAGGACCCCCAGGAGCUUCUGGCUGCAAUACAACAUCCUUUGCUGAUGAAGACUGUGGUGGCUCAUUCUCAUCCAAGUCCUCCUUCAAAGGGGCGAGAUGGAUGGAAUGUGAUGUGUGUCGUGGUGAUUACAACACCACCAACAAGAGGCCACUUAUCUUCCACUGCGGGCACACUUUUUGUUGGCCAUGUGUGGAGAGGCUGGCUUGCCGGGGGCUCAUCAAGUGCCCCACCUGCCGCAGCUGUGAGACACGGUCCCUUCCCUCCAUCCCCACCAACACAGUGCUGAUAUCUAUGCUGGAAGACCUGGCCAGCCAGGGUGAGGGCAAGAGCAGCUACAGCAGUGAUGACAAGGGCAGGUGUGACAGUGACAGCACAAAUAGUAUGUCAUAUGAGCAUCAGAUUCAGUUUGCCAUCUUCCUAUCCAAGCAAGAGGCAGAGGCACAGGGAAAGACCUUGGUGGAAGAGAGGUGGCAGGAGGUGGUGGAGUCAGAUAGGAUGCUGGCCAUUGCUCUGCAGGAGUCCUUGGUGUAUGAUGCGUCGCUGCAGUGUGCCAAAUGCCACCAACCAGGGUCUGCCUCUGCAUCCGACAAACCUCCUAAAGAUGAGAAGGAAUCAUGUGCAGCGUCAGGCAGGGAUGGUGCAGCUGAGGAUGAGGAUGCCAGUGUGCUGCUCGCCUACAAGCUGCAACAGGAGGAGUUAGCCAAGAUGAAGCGGCUGUGUGGCAAUGAAAGCAGUGACUGGAAUAAAGAAGUGCACAGAUUCUUUGGUUCGUCUCUCUGUAGUCUGGAUGAAGACAGCAACAACUUGAGAAGGGAAGAAAAUGACAUGAAUGGAAGGCAGCAAGACAAUGAUGAAGAUGAGGCCACAUGCUGCAGACGGAUGGAGAAUGAAAGUAAUGAUGAAAAUGAGUCCACAUACUGCAGAGGGAUGGAGAAUGAAAGUAAUGAUGAAAAUGAGGCCACAUGCUGCAGAGGGAUGGAGAAUGAAAGUAAUGAUGAAAAUGAGGCCACAUACUGCAGAGGGAUGAAUAAUGAACAUGAUGAGCAAGAAGGAGUCGCAUGUUACAGGAGAGGUGAUAAUGGUGAGGAUGAAGUGAUGUGCUGCAGAAUGGAUGAGGAAGAAGAGGAUGAAAAGAAAAGCUCAUACAGUAAUGAUGAAGAUGACAUGAGGAAGCGUAGUGGUGGCCAUUAUAACAAGGAACGUCUGGCGCUGAUGAAACAAGGAGAGGAGCUGUUAAUUGAAAUGGCUAUCCAGCUUUCACUAAACCAUCCACAGCCUUCAGAUCCAGAUGACAAGUGAACAAACACACACACACACACACACACACACACACACACACACACACACACACACACACACACACACACACACACACACACACACACACACACACACACACACACACACACAAUUAAGUUAUUAUGCCUUCAGUAUCAUUAUAUAUUGUGUUAUUCAGAAUGGGUAAAGGAUAAGCAAGGACUACAUAGCAUAGAGGGUGCUGCAGCAGAUAAAAAGUACAUAUAUGAAAUGAUUACCUUCAUUAUGUUUGUUGAACUGGUGAUAAUGCAUUUUAUGUCAUUCAGUUUGGUACUUUUUUUGUUCAUGUAGUAAUGUAGUUUGAACAUAAACCACAUGAAUUUUGAUUAUGUUCGGUUCUUAUCUCUAAUAUUCUGAGACUACGAAAUAUUUUAUGAUCUUUCUCUAUACUAAUUCAUGUACAGUUGUCUGCAGGUCACUCUAGCCAGUCAUUCCCCUCACAGUGACUGAUCUGUGGCUAGGGAGAGACCACACACUACUGUACAACUAUUGUAGGCCACAAUGUAUGACUAAGGCCUGUAUUCUUAAAUGCUUUGAUCUCUCUCUCUCUCUCUCUCUCUCUCUCUCUCUCUCUCUCUCUCUCUCUCUCUCUCUCUCUCUCUCUCUCCAUCACUACUUUCCAAAGGCUUUAGCUGAAGAUGUUCACGUUUACAAGGAUAUAUUUUUGGUUCUGGAGAUGGACAAGAAUUAUAGAUUUGUUAUAAGGAGAAACUGUCUUGAAAACUUGGCUAGUUGUUUGUGUGGCCUUGGAAGACUGUUGUGGUGAGAGAGCCUUGCUAUUUCUGAAUAUGGGUGUAACUGCUGUGUGUAACCUACCAGGCCAAAACAAAACAUAGACAAUCCUGCAAAGAAUCGCUCCAGAUAACUGUCCAGAUACAUAAGGUUUAUUCUGUAUUCUGUAUUUAUAUACAAUUGCCUGCUUCCAUCUUUAAAUAAAGAAAAAUCCAAGAAAUAUCA